AGGCAAAAGGGAAAGCAAAAUAUCAAGCUUGCGGCUCUGCUCCCCGACCGCACUGGUCGUCGUCUUCCUCCACCCCAAAUCUCCCCAUAAAACCCCUCAAUCAACCCUCCUCUCCUCCGCCGACCUGGCGCCCGCCUUCUCAAUCCCGAGCGCCGCACUGUGCCGUCUCGAUUGCGGUACGUGUUGCUCGAAUCGGUGCUUCCUAUGCUCGGAUAGCUUCCUUGUUCCCGCUUAUAGGUUUUCUUGAUCGUCCUGAUUCUCGGCAAUGAUUGGUCGAUCUUGUAAACGAGGUGUCAAUGAGAUACUGGGAUCGUUUUAUGGAGUCUUUUGGGACUUCUUAUUGAUUGAAUUGGUAUAUAAAUUGAGUUUUUGGUGGUAGGAUCGAGUGAAUUAUAGGAUUGCUUGAAGAAAUUUGUGGGCUUUUGGUUGUUGGUUCGACUGUGAAUGGCGGAGGGUUCAAAAUUUUCUGGGUUUAUUAUUGGUGGUGGCAGUGGCGGCAAUAUUGUUGGGAACGGCUUUUAUGAUAUGGGGUUCUAUCGGAAGCUCGAUGAAGGCUCCAACAUGUCCAUGGAUAGUGUUGGAAGCCUGCAGACGAGCACUUGUGAUGGAUCCGUUGCCAUGUCCUUGGAGAACAGCAGUGUCGGAUCGAACAACUCGAGAACUGGAAUUCUGCAUCAUAAUGGACUCCGCCUGUUCCCGGGGGCCAACUUCUCGGUGGGGCACAGCGUGUUGCGACCCGGAAGGGUUUCUCAUGCUAUGAAUGAGGAUGCAUUGGCUCAGGCUUUGAUGGACCCACGAUAUUCUACAGAGUCUCUUGAGAACUACGAUGAGUGGACCAUCGACCUCAGGAAGUUGAAUAUGGGGGUGGCCUUUGCUCAGGGAGCUUUUGGGAAGCUCUAUAGGGGCACUUAUGAUGGAGAAGAUGUUGCUAUUAAGUUGUUGGAAAAGCCGGAGAAUGACCCUGAGAGGGCACAGUUGAUGGAACAGCAGUUUGGGCAAGAGGUUAUGAUGCUUGCAAAUCUCAAGCACCCAAAUAUUGUCAGGUUUAUUGGGGCAUGCAGGAAGCCAAUGGUGUGGUGCAUUGUGACAGAGUACGCAAAGGGUGGAUCAGUGCGGCAGUUUCUCAUGAGAAGGCAGAAUAGGUCCGUGCCUCUAAAGCUGGCCGUCAAGCAAGCACUGGAUAUCGCUAAGGGUAUGGAGUAUGUGCAUGGGUUGGGAUUUAUACAUAGGGAUCUCAAGUCUGACAAUCUACUUAUAUUUGCGGACAAAUCGAUUAAGAUUGCUGAUUUUGGGGUUGCCCGCAUUGAGGUCAAGACUGAGGGGAUGACACCUGAAACUGGAACUUACCGAUGGAUGGCUCCGGAGAUGAUACAACACAGACCAUACAAUCAGAAAGUCGAUGUUUACAGCUUUGGCAUUGUUCUCUGGGAGCUAAUUACAGGGAUGCUUCCAUUUCCAAAUAUGACAGCAGUGCAAGCAGCAUUUGCUGUCGUGAACAAGGGAGUGCGCCCGGUUAUACCACAAGAUUGCCUCCCUGCACUCAAUGAGAUAAUGACCCGCUGCUGGGAUGCUAACCCUGAUGUGCGCCCUUCCUUCUCUGAAAUCAUCACAAUGCUCCAAAGUGCACAAGAGGAUGUUAUGAAUACUGUUCGUAAAGCACGCUUCCGGUGUUGCGUACAACCAAUGGCCAUCGACUGAGAAAGGUAGUGAUUCAUGCAUGAAAAACACCUUCUGAAUCGAAGACAAUUAAGAGAAGGUUGGUUGAUUCGCCUUUGUAGAAGGUCACAGUUCAAAAUACACUCAUGGAUAUUCCUUUGCUUACAAAGUGAAAUAGGUGAUUUCGAUCUUUGUCUGGACUAGAUGGUUCAUCUUUCUGUUGUAUAGGUAUAAAUGAAAAAUAUUAGCUUGAGGUUUACCACUAGAUCGACUGUCAUUGUUGUGACUUCUGAAAUCGGUUGAAUACAACAAGUUCUAUCAUUUGUGUA